GCCUGUACUAGAGGGCGCUGACUUCUCAGAGCGAUCAUGGCAUCUUACUGAUUACUUAUUGCACAACCUGCGUCAGUUCUUCACAAUUUCUUUCGGUUUUAGGGACAGUUGGAUAUUGCCGAAACUAUCAUGUCUGCAAUGGCUGAGCCACUCACUUUGGCGCAAGAUGUGAAGAGAGCUGUGGAGUUGCUUGAUAAGCUGCAGAAAAGUGGGGAGAUCCCAAGUGCUAAGUUGGCUGCCCUUCAAAAAGUUCUCCAAAGUGAUUUCUUCAAUGCUGUUAGAGAAGUGUAUGAACAUGUUUAUGAAACUGUUGAUAUAUCUGGGUCACCUGAAGUCAGAGCUUCUGCAACUGCAAAAGCAACUGUAGCAGCAUUUGCAGCAAGUGAAGGCCAUGCCCACCCAAGAGUGGUGGAAUUACCAAAGACAGAAGAGGGCUUGGGUUUCAAUGUCAUGGGUGGACGAGAGCAAAACUCUCCCAUCUACAUUUCAAGGAUCAUUCCAGGUGGAGUUGCUGAUAGACAUGGUGGCCUGAAAAGAGGAGAUCAACUCCUCUCUGUUAAUGGCGUUUCUGUGGAAGGUGAGCCUCAUGAGAAAGCUGUUGAGCUUCUGAAACUCGCUCAAGGAACAGUGAAAUUGGUUGUGAGAUACACACCCAAAGUUCUGGAAGAAAUGGAAGCCAGGUUUGACAAGCAAAGACAAGUUCGGAAAAGACAGCAAAUGAAUUGAAGUUGAUGAGUGGUGGUCUAAUGGGACCAUCAUCAAUAUCAUAUUCAUAUAUUCCACUGAGGUAGCUAUCUGAACCAGUCUCUUCCAAGUUCUCUAAAUUUGUCCUACCAUAAUGAGGAGUAAUCUCAGUUAUCUGUUUCAUUGUUAUCUUGGAGUUACUGGGGAAUGAUAGCACUGGUAAGAGUGCAUGGUAUGAAUCCAUUAUUAGGUUGUGAGAGAGCUCAAGUCUCUUAUUUUUAUCCUUUGUAUUGGAAGAUUUCCAGCCAAAUCAUAACACGUGGCCCAUGGCUGGAACAAGAGUUUCCCUUCAAGCCACACUGCGCUUUAAUAAAAUUUUGUCUCAUGAGAUAUACAGUGUAUUAAGCAUUUGACUAUUUACCUCAAACUUAGGCUGUGUUCUCAUGAAUAUUCUUUCAUGAUCUCAGGUCUGCCAGCAGUGGGCCAGUAAGAUGUCAUUGCUUUCUGUUCUUUACUGUUUAUGGUCAAUUCUUCUGUUCAAGGCUUACCCUGCCACACCAUGAUAAAGAACUCCUGUACCU